AUGUCGAACAACGCAAACGUGCAACAAGCCAAGGCUGACGCCCAUGCUGCCGUAAACAAGACUGCUAACAAGGCUGAGCAGGCGGCCAACCAGGCUGGCGAAAAGUCCGAGCACUUCUACGACGAGGCCAAGGCCGCCGCUGACAAGGUCGGCGAGUUCAUCUCGAAGGAAGCUGAAGAGCUCGAGGACCGCGCUAAGGAGGCUCGCAAGAGCCUGUGCUCCAGUGUCAGCUCUGGUUGGAAGAAGAUCCAUGGCGCCUGGAACAACUUCUCUAGCAACCCCAAGUACUGGCUCUCGACUCUGAGCGUCGUGAACGUCGCUGUUAUUGGUGCCGCUAGCUACUUCGGCUACCAGAACCGCAACGAGAUCCAGAAGUGGGACAGGAGGCUGCUCUCAGCCGUCAUCGUGGGUGCCGCCACGUUCUUCGGUGCUGAAGGCUACCUCGUGACGAAGAACACGAAGAAGCAGCUCAAGUAA